AUGUAUAUCAUGGUUAAUUUUCGCAGCCCUCACAACCUAACCUCUGAAACUCCUCCCCUUCUCCAUUGCGCAGCUGCGCCGCUUUCCAACUUCCAGGUGCCGCGCCGCUUUCCAACUUCUCUACCGGCUGCUGCCAGCCUGCCCCUGUCGACGUCGUCGCCGGCAAUCUCUCUCCGUCGACAGCAAUCUCUCUCCGUUACUACAAGUGGGGCGGGUUCAUCUUCAACGAUUAAUGGUCCUAAUGCACGUGUGGAACCUGAAGCAUCACCAAAAGAAGUGAAUAUUGAAGUUGAUCUUCAGCUUGAGCCAUCUUCGAAAGUGGUUGAUUUAUUAAAUCUUCCAAGUGAUCCGGGACUACGGCCUAACAUAAUGAGCUAUCCUCCAAACAUGAUUGAGCAGGUGCGUAGAGCUUACUUAUUAAAAGGUCCAUGUCAACCGCGUAAUCAUGAUUUUCCACAGAAGAUAGAGGCCAAUAGAAAGCGAAAAUUUGUUUCGGCUUGGUUUGAUGAAUUCAAGAUGUGGUUGGAAUAUAGUAUUGCAAAAGAUGCUGCUUUUUGCUUAUAUUGUUAUUUGUUUUCAUCGGGUAGUAGCGAAGAUGGUUUCUACAAGGGAUUGGAGAUCUUGCUGAGAAGAUGGUUUCUACAAGGAAACAUGACAUUUUUCCAUUGGUGUAUUUGUUAGUUAAGUUAUCAUUGACUUUACCAGUUGCUACUGCUACAGUUGAAAGAGCCUUUUCAGCAAUGAAGAUCAUCAAGAGUGUUCUUCGCAAUCGUAUGGGAGACAAUCUUUUGAACGAUUGCUUAGUACCUUACAUCGAAAAGGAUGUGUUUGUAAAUGUUACUAAUGAAGCUAUUAUGCAGAGGUUUCAGAACAUGAAAAACAGGAGAGAAAUGUUAUGAUUUCUGAAAAAAAUUGUUUAUUUUGUUUAUUUGACUUGUUAUGUAAUUUAAAUGACAUUAUAGUUGUGUUAGUGAUUAUUAUUUAUUUUUAAUUUUUUUAUUA